UUUCAUUCAGUGUUACGCUUCCCUUAGUUACGGACCGCGUUCAAACAUGUUUCUCGUUACUUGUGUGCUAAUGCUGUGCGCUGUAUGGGCUGAAGACCAACCUACAGUGAAGACGCCCUUAGGAGUUUUAAAAGGUUACUUCCUGGAGACCAGGGGAGGCAGACAGAUAGCAGCAUUUACUAGUAUACCGUACGCAAAACCCCCGGUCAACGAUUUAAGAUUCAAGGGUCCCAAACCUGUGGAGGCAUGGGAAGGAGUCUUGGACGCGACGCGGACGAGCCCCGUCUGCGUCCAGCGGAACCCUUACACCCGGCAGAAGGAGGUGGUGGGGCAGGAAGAUUGCUUGUAUCUCAACAUUUACACACCGCUCACGGGAAAUGAAAUAGACAGUGGUCGUCUGCUUCCUGUGAUGGUCUUCAUCCACGGCGGCGGCUGGAUGUGCGGUGACGCGACCACGCAGAUGUACGGUCCUCAGUACCUCCUCGACAGAGAUGUUAUCCUGGUAGCCAUGAAUUAUAGACUUGGUCCGCUUGGUUUCCUGUCAACACAGGACGAGCACUGUCCCGGCAAUAACGGUCUCAAGGACCAGCAGGAGGCGCUGCGGUUCAUACAGAAGACAAUCCACAGCUUUGGCGGUGACAAGGAUUCUGUCACAAUAUUCGGGGAGAGCGCGGGCGGCGCUAGUGUCCACUACCACAUGCUGUCAAGGACAAGUGUAGGUUUAUUUCACAAAGGCAUCUCUGAGUCUGGAACAGCUCUGGUCCCUUGGGCAGAGGCGCCCCCUGGAGAGGCUCUGCGGAAUGCUUUCCGUCUCGCCAAAUUCCUUGACUGUCCACAAGCGCCAUCUGAUGUAAUGCUGGACUGUCUCCGCACCAGAGACAGCCACGACAUUAUCAAUACAGAGUUCAAAUUCUACGAAUGGGACUACGAACCUAUGACGCCAUUCAAGGCAGUAGCAGAGCCCGACUUACCUGGCGCCUUCCUGACGGCCAGCCCUCGAAAGACGCCGUCUAUUGCCGCCGUGCCUUGGAUGACUGGUCUUACCAAAGACGAAGGAUGCUUAAAGUCUGUUUGGAUAACGGCCAACUCGAGCCGGUACCAGGAGUUCAUAUCCGCCUUCGAGGCGAUAGCUCCGGUGACGUUUUAUUAUGAUAACUCUCCGUACGCUGACGUAAUCACUGACCGCAUCAAGGACGUGUACUUCAACGGUGGUGAACAGGAGGCGAUCAAAUCCGGGAUACUUGAAAUCUACACGGAUUCAUAUUUCGCGUACCCAGCAUUGGAAGCUAUCGAGUUGACGUUUAAUUAUACGAAGAAUCCAGUGUUCCUUUAUGAACUAACGUACAGAGCGACGAAUAGUUUCUCGCAGAUAUUCGGCGACGAGGAAGGCGAUUAUGGUAUUUGUCACGCGGACGAACUGAUGCAUCUGUUCCCUAUUGACUUCCUCUCGAAGCCCUUCUCUGAAGAGGACAGGAGAAUAAGCGAACUAAUAAUAACUAUGUGGACCAACUUUGCUACUACUGGUGAUCCAAACAAACCAAACAAACUGCCAUUUAAAUGGGAACCAGCCAGCAGCAGCAAGAGGAUGGAAUACUUGGAGAUUGGAAGCGAGCAAAAGAUGAGGAACCACCUGGCUUCCCGCUCUAGGGUCUGGGGCUCUUUGCCGCUCUGGCACAGCAUUAGAACGAGGAAGUUCAUCGACGAACUUUAGACCUGUUUGGACCAGGAUACGUCUCUUACAGAGAUUAUAACCCUCUUAAGGCACACAAAAGGGUACACAUAUUCAAGGCCAUUAUUUUCGAUGUGAAACGAAAUGCAUAAUUUGUGUGUUACCGCACUACUUUAGAAAUUUAAUUGUGUGCUUUGAGAUUCUCAUCAAAAUAAGAAAAAUAGUUUUAAGAUAUUUUAAUCUUGUUACUCGAACAAAUGUUUUGAUUAGAACGGUUAUUUUAUUGAAAUUAUAACCCCCGUGUUACAUGUGAAUUGUUUUAUAAUUUAAAAUAAAGAUUAUUUAUUAUUGUAACUAAUUAUAUAUCUUAGACAUUAAAAUAAGUAUUUAAUGUAUGUUGAAGAAUAAACAUUUUUUUUGUCAAAUUAUGUACUUCGAAAAACUUUUAAAACAGUUAAUAAAUUUUUAAAAUUUAUUUAAUAUUUAUCCUACAAAUAAAA